UACGCUCAACCACGCGAUACAUCGUUACUGCAAAUUAAUCGAACUAUCGGGCACAGCUGAUUUCUGCAAUAACAAAGCAGUUUUCAAAACGGUUUUGUUUAUAACAAUAGACGCACACAAAAAGAACUCAGCGCAUUAAAUCCAAAGUUUAAAAUAUAAAAAAACGCUAAUUGCUUUAAUAUAUAAGCAAGUGUAGUGAGCCAACACUUAAAACCAAAAUGGCGUACUAAAUUGUUGUUGCCUGUGGUUUUCGGUACUUUUUAUUUCGUUCUUUUUUUUUGUUGUUGGUGUGUAAGCUGGCAGCCAAUCGCUAAUAUAUUGCCUUUCGCUCAGUUCUGUUCCAGCGCUUAUUGCGGCCACAACGUUGUCCGAUGCUUGAGAAGACGGUAGCAGUUGUAGCAGAAGCCGUAGCAGUAGCAGCAACAGCAGCAGUCAGCGGGGAUCGUGUGUCUUGUCAUGGCCACCGAACACCAGCAGCAGGAGGAGGAGCAACGCCAACUGCUGCUGCAUACAUUGAACAGACUUUGGAGCCAUUAUCUGCACGCCUCAGACUCUGAGGCAGAUGAUAACCAGGCGGCAGCGAGUGUCAAGGAACACUGGCUCUGGCUGUUGCUAUAUAACUUUCAGUACUUGGACGAGCAAACCUUGCAAGAUGCGCAGUUUAAUAGCCACUUCAAUCACCUGCCCGAGGAGCUGUGUUCCUAUUUGCUGGAGCAGGUGUAUCAAAUCAUCAGCGCGGCCAAACGCAGUUCGCAUGACCUGCCAGAACAGCCGGACAAAUGCAUCAAACAGCUUCGGAAACAGCACAACUUGGCGCAGCUUAUACUGAGCACGCCCAGCGAUUGCAACAAGAUAUUGGCGCUGCGAACAUUUCUUACCAACGGAUUGGGUCAACAUUUGCUCGCCUUUCUGCUGCGCGUGCAAAUCAAGCACAUUGCUUCUCAGAAGAGCCUCUGCCAGUUGUGCAUCAAUCUGUUUCCCAAUUGCAAAUGGAGCGCCACAAAUGCGUCGCUGCAGCCGCUAACCAGUAUUGCCCAGUUCAUUGCCGGCUUUCACCUGAGCUCACAGCGCAGCAAAACGCGACGUCAGCAGCAGUUGCAGCAACAACACCUGCAGCAGCAACAAAAACAGCAGCAGACUCAGCAACAAGUACGACUCCCUGUGAAGAUUCUCGACAGCUUUGAGCAAUUCAAAAGCGCUUGCAAAACAAGUGAUGAACUGGCCCUGCUGCUCAUUCAGCUACUCACGCGCUGCAUUGAUGCGGAGCAGGAGCCACAGCUGAGCGUGACUGUGCAUAACUUUGCACUUGGACAUUUGUGCAGCGGCUGCGUGGAUGAACUGGAGCCGGUCGGCGGCAAUGAUGAGAUUAUUAAAUUUGAGCUGCUCCAGCUAAUCGCACAGUGUGUCAACAAUUUCUACAUACACGAGCAGCAGACGCCCAGCUUCUUAGACUUUAAUAGCAACUUCAGUCAACUGCUGUAUGCGCUGGCUGCCAAUCGGAGCUGUUCGGUGCUCUCCCAUGCUGUGCUCUAUAUAAUGUUUGGCACGCUGCACAAUCUGGUGGAGUUUGGCGCUCAGCAGCUAAGCCAAAUCGAUGUGAAGCACUUUGACAACUGUUUUGAUGUGCUGCAAGAGGCGGCCACAUCCACCAACAGCACAUCAUUGCUCUUUUUGCACAUCUACAAGCUCCUGCUGCGCCUCACUGACCAUUUGUCGCGCCAGGAACAGCAGCAGCAAUGCCUAAUGGAGAGCAGUACGUCCAGCGCUCUGGUCAAGCAACAGCAGCAGCCGCCACGCCACAAGCGACAACGGUACAGCCAGCUGCACUGCACGGAGCACUCACUCAGCUGUUACUUCCAGGGUAAACUGUAUAAGCUAUUGCCCAGCCUGGUGCCAGAGCUGCAGGAGCAUAGCGUGCGCUCACUGCUGCGCACCGGCAGCUGUUGCUGCCACUACAAUGCUGCCAACUAUGCCACCUGCCUUCGCUUGGCCACCCAACUCUCUGGCAGCUAUCAGAAGUGCGCCUACAAGUUUCUCCACUACAAUGUGCUGCACACCAUUUUUGUGAAGCGUUCGCCACAGCAUUGUGCCGUCUGCGAGGAGAAACUCAAGUCGCCAGCUUUUCAUAUACAACUUCUGGGCAUAUACAGAGAUAACUAUCGUGCACUGAUGAAUAGCACCUCAAUGCUGCUAUUUUUGAAGCAUCUGAAGCACAUUGCCUAUUUGUUGUCGUACGAUCUGGCAGCUGGCCUUCUCGCCGAAGUGGUGCUGCCCGUUUUUCGGCAAUACAAGCAGCUAAGCGAGUGCAAGACCAAGACGAAUCCAGUGCACAAGCUGCCACGUCUGCAGCUGCCCUGCAAGCUGGAUAAUUAUCGCAUCCUACAUGAAUGCCUCAGCAUCUUUGUGAUGUACCUCAGCGACAUUCGGCUCAUCAAGGCCUUCUACAAUGAGGAGAACAUUGGUUAUAUGCAGGAUUUGUUGUGUGUGCCCGAGCUGCAACGCGGUGUCUGUGAUCUGAUCAAGGUGGGCAUCGAUAACAUUGCCUUUCUGGGCGACAAUGGACACGAGCAGAUUGCUCUCAGCCGGCGGCUCAUACAGUUGCAGCUUAAUAGCAGCGAUCGCGCCUCGCGGUUGUUCCAGGCGUUGCUCCACAGAUGCGCCAAGCGCUCCCAUGUCAAAUUCUGGCUGGAAGAGACGGCCAACACGGCGCUGCUGGCUGGGCAUAAGCCCGUGGAUAUACUAUAUAUUACGGCACUCCAGUGGACGCUUAACUAUGAACUGCUCAAGACCAGUCAAUUGUUCUACAAUGAGUUUGCGAAAAUCUACUCGAUACCCGUGGAAUUGACUGUUGACGAAGACGAGGAGCCACAGCAGCAGCUGGAACAGGAGGAGAAGCUGCGACAUGGCGAUAAGACAAUCGUCGACAUACUCAAGCUAAACUACAAUGCGCUUGGCUGUUUCCUAAUGUUGCCCAAAGCCGCAAUCGCCGCACUCUCAACCGCAACCGCAACCCCAGAGACACCGUCGCCGUCACCGUUGACGAGAACGUCGCCCAUUCGUGGCUCAAGUUCAUUGGAAACGCUCGUCUCGCAUGUACAGCUGCCGUUCAGUGCGCUGUCAGCCUCCACGACGACUGCUACUAAUUCGGACUACGCAGAUUCCUCCUUGGACUACGCAUCAAUCAUAAACAAUUACGCCGAGCAGCCGGCAUUGUCUUCCUUUCUGCAACACCUGCAGAAUAGCCAACCAGACGAGAGUAUUGUGCUCUUUGACAUACGCGGAAGCAAUCCCAGCCACAGUAACAGCAACAACAACAGCAUUGAGCCAGUGCCUACCUCCACCCAUUUGGCGCUCUCCAGCGUGCUCGCAGAGGAUGAGGUGGCCGCGGCCGGGCUGAUUAGCAAGUUGUUCAAUAUUGUGGGCUCGCUGUUUGGGGGCAUCGGUGGCUCCCCCGAAAGACGUGCCAGCCCAGAGCCCGUCAUGGACAUCGAUGCAGAUUUGUUGUGCCUCUACGAGCCGAAUGGGGAGUGCAAGAAACUGCUGCUGAAACUCUUCGAGGCGACCAUGGCCAUAUGCAUCAAGGGCUUUCAGAACGAAGAAGUUGAGAAGAUGCAGAAGCACCUGCGCAAACUGAAAGCCAUCAUAUUGAGCAACGCCUCCAGUGACUGGUCGGAGCAUGGGGAGCAGCAUGCCCGGGACAAUGCUGUAAUACAGACGCUGCAAACGCUGCUGAAAAUUGCCGAGCUCUCGAGCACACACAACGAGCCGGCUGGCGUGGUGGCAAACAGCCCCACUGGCGUCUCCGCUCAGACGCGACCACGUGCCCGUUCUUUUAAUAGCGGCAGCGUGGAGCUGCCCAGACCGCAGACGGUUAAGCUGCCGGCCAAAAACUCGCUGGCCACACCGCCAACGCCGCGCAGACGACCCAAUUCCAGUGACGCGGCCCUCGGGGACGCCGAUUACUUUUCCACGCGCGCCUCGCUCAGCUGUGCCGCCGACAGCGAGCUGGAGCUGAGCGAGAACGAGCAGGAGUUUUAUCUGACCGCCGACGAGGGCUACGAGGCGGAUGGCGAAAUAGCCGAACUGAGCGAAUCCGAAUGCGAACUAAAUGGCGGCGGUGCCGCUGCCAACGAAUCAUGGACGCCAUUUCAGCCCUCCUCACGCUACCGCAGCCACAUCAUGCACGAAGGCCUCAGCCAGCUGGUGGUUCAGAUGCUAGUGGAGCUAUCGGUGAUGUGCAUGCGCCAGCCAUCUGGCUGGACAGAGAGUCUUACACAGCUGGCCAAUCGUUUGUUUGUCAUACGCGACUAUCUGGGCGGACCCCUGUGUCUGCUGCAAGGAUUUGCACCCGUGCUCAGCAGCAGUGAUGCCAAGUUGCGAGAACUGCAGCAAUCCAUAUUGGAGCUGAUCAGUCAUCUGAAUACGCCCGAUGUGCUCAACUGCUACUUCAGCAUCUUGGCCAGCAAACAGCCGCCAGUGGAGCUGCUGAUGCGUCACAUGCACCACAUUUGCGCUGGCAGCCUGCGCCGUGCCCAGCCCUGCAUGGAGCUCGAGUUUCCCAUAACCAUCGACGGCAAAAUUGUCAUCACAGCGGAUCCCUUCAUCAGUGAGCAAAUUGAACGCGUGCGCCUCCAACAUCAGCGCUGCCAGGCCACUACCUUGUUUACUCGCGCCGCCUGCAUUGUGCCCGUGACACAGACGCGCCUCUGGCAGCCGGAUGGGCUAACGCUGUCGCUGUGGCUAGAGGUGAAGGGUCAGCAAAUGCAUCGCAGCUACACGCAGCUGAACGACGACGAGACUCGCUAUUCGGGCGAGGAUACAACUAAAUGCCAUCUCGUCUCGCUGGGCAGCAGCGCCGCUAUGCUGAGCAUUUACAUAAGCAACAAUCUGCAACUGAUCUUUGAGCUGGUCAGGCCCAGUGAACCGUUGCCGGCACGCGUCGAGGAGCACAUGGAGGCCAGCGGCAGCGAGCUGCCGCCGCAGAUGAACAGCGGCAGUUUUCGUCAUGCUCUGAAGCAAACGAAAAUGGCGCUGCUCAACAGCUUUGGCCAGAUGCAUUUGCUAAACGGCCAUCAGGCCGCGCAGGAGGGCGGCGGCGGUUACUUCGAGGGCGCCAGCGUGCAGCUGCAGCAGCUGCGUCUGCCACGCAACAAAUGGACGCAUCUGGUGUUUGCGCUGCAGCAGCAGGCGGCUGGAUUACAGAUCGGCGUCUUUUUGGAUGGCCUGGAGCAGCAGACGCUGACUCUGCCCUUUCACAAUUUACGUUUCGCAUCGCGCACUCACAGCUUCCAACUGCUGGCCGUGGGCGAGGGUGUGCCGGGCAAGAUUGGCAAUAGCAAUAGUAGCUCCUCACGCUCAACGCUGGAUGGCGGUGCACCACGUUAUGCGCUGUCCAAUCUGGUGCUCUUCAAGCGUCGCCUGGCCGAGCGCCAUAUAAUGCUUAAUUUAACAGCCAUGGGACCGGACUUUACCGAGUUCACCCAGUGCCAGGUGGCCAACUGGAAGCCCAACUAUGGAUACGUGCAACUGGGCAAGCUGUCCACUUCCAACAUUGGGAAUCAUGCGGACUGCAUGAAGGUGCUGCGACAGGCGCGUGUUUUGGUCUAUACAGCACAGCAGCCGGAUCUGGUCAUGUGCCAUGACGUCAGCCAAGAGCUGGACAUGGCCUGCUAUGGACAGCCGCAGGGGCACAUGCUCUACGGCGAGCUGCUGCAGCAUCAGCCGCAGACACUUCAAACGGCGGUGCUGCUCAGUGGCGGUCUCUCCACCAUGCUGUAUCUCUUUGCCAGGAUUGUGGAGCUAUCGGGCACAGCCAACACACAAGCCUUGGCGCUGGACUUGCUGCUGCAGUUGGCCCACUCGGAUGCCCAGCUGUAUACAGAGUUUCUGCGCCAGGAUUAUCUAGCACUGAUUGGUUAUGUCAUCAAAUCGGAGCGCUGCUCCAAGGAUGUGCAACUGCUGCGCAGCAUUGUGAAUAAUGCCUGCUCGCAGCCUGUAAUUAGUCGCAAGGGCGAUGUGCUGCACGUGAACGAUAACACGACGGCCAGCCUGAUCUAUCCGCGACUGCUGCUGGCUGUGCUUCAGCGCUACUCGGACUGGCAUCGCUCGGGCGCCACCCAUUCGGAUGUGCUGGACAUGCUGUUCCGCUGCAUAUUGGCUCUCAGCCGGGACAAGCAUCCGCAGCGGGACUUCAACAUGGAACAGCUACAGAAAUGUGGCCUGCUGCGUGCGCUGCUCAAUCUGUGCAAGGUGUAUGUCAUUGAGUCGCCCAGUCCGGUGCACAUAUCGCCCUAUGCUGCCGAAUGUUUUGUACAGAUUUUGGCCGUCUUUGCGGGCUCUCCGCCAGCGCCCUCGCUGCUUGACGAGAUGAUGAAGCUGCUGCUGUUGCUGCACAGACCCAGCGAAUGUUAUGUCACGCAUGAUCGUGCGUAUUUUUACUUUCUGCUGACGCCACAGAUGCCUGUGAAGGAGCGCUCACUGGUAGCCGCCAAUCUGAGCCGCGUGACCACCUCCUUUCGGCGGCAGGCACAGACGCCUGUCCAAGAACAAGAUGCAGAGCGCGCGGAACGAAUUCGUCGCCUGCGUCGGCUGCACGACUCCAAGUCCAGCUACAAACGAGCUCUCAACGAAAUGGAGGACCAAUUGGAGCACAUGGCUGACUGCUCCAAUCUCAACAAGACCGCAUUGCGCCUACUGAGCCCGGUGGAGGCAUCCCGCUGGCGUCUCAAGUUUAAACGCCGUCAUCCCAGUAACUGUCAAAGCCCCAAGCGCAGUCCCCUGAAGGUCGCACGUAGACGCUUACAUUCGCAUCCGAAUAAGUUCUGGCAGCCCUCGAUCCACAGCACACCCAGCUCCACACACAUGGCGCCGCUGCCCAGCCGCAAAACUGACUUUUACGAUCAGGCGGGCAUUGUGACUUUGCAGCAGCGACUGCUCAUGCUGCUCAAGGACUUCCUGUGCCUGCUGCCAGACUCUGCCGUGGAUGAGGUACUGCGUCACUAUGUCAAGCUAGAGUUCCUGCUGGUGCUGGCCAAUCAACGCAGCUGCGCCGUGCGCACCGCAAUCAUCCAGCUGCUGGCGGUGCUGACCAAACGUCUGGGCGCAGCGGAACUUGUUGCCGCUUCGAAGCAGCUGUAUCCGCUGCAUCUGGCCAAUCAGCUGACCAUUCAUGGCAGCGAUGUGGCCAUGUUUGAGGCGUGUCUGAGCUGGAUUAGCGACCUGCACGGCAGUCUCACUGACAUGCUUAGCCCUGAGGUUACUUUGGGCAUUCGCCAGCGCUUCGGCCUGCAAUCCUUGUUGGCCAUUUCAAUGGCCAUGGGCAACAGCAGCUGGAGCACGGAGCCGGAACGUGUCUUCAAAGCGCUACUGCGCCUCUAUCUUCAGAAUCCCGAUGAACAGCUGUGUCUCGUAGAGGCGGGCCUGCUGCAGUGCACCGUCAAGGCGCUGCAUCAGCUAUAUACGCUGCGCCUGAGUCAGCCCAAUAUGGAUCAGUCCAUUGUGGAGCUACUGGCUGGCAUUGGCGAGCGGGCGCUCAAAUCUGUGGGACAAAUCAAUCUGGUCUGGGACAUACUCAAUAUGCUGUCCUUCUACCAAGACAAGCAGCCGCCGCUGAUUGUGCGCAGUUUUCGCGCGGUGCAGGCCCAGCUGCAGCUGCAAUGGCUCAAUCUGUUCUUCGAGGCCUGCAACGGCACGGGCGGACACCAUGGCUACCGCUUGCGCAGCAGCCUACCCGACUGCUCGCUCAACCAGGCGGAGUGCCGCACGCGCAUGGAGCUGCUUAUUGAUCGCUGCACACAAUUCUUUACGACUAGCGGCUGUCAGACCAAUGGCAGCAGCUACGUGGCCAGCAGUCAGGAACUGGCGCUGUUCGAGCUGCUCGUCUCCUUCGGCAUAGCCAACAAUCAGCGCUGCAACAAUUUCAUUGCCUGGGGCUUGCAGCCGUCGCGACCGCGCGACUUGCGCGCCUACAUUGUCGAUGCCCUGUGGCGCACGUGCCAUGAUGAGUUUCAGUCGGCGAUUGUUUGUGAUGUUAAGAUGAUCAAAGCGCUGCUCUGGCUUAGCCUGAUGGAGGAUGUUAAGCCACCCAUUGAGAAUUUGUCGCGCUUGUGCAAGGCGCUGGGCAUCAAUGAGAACGACUCCACGUGGAAUCUGGAGCAUGAGCUGGGGCGCCUGGAGCUGAGUCGCAGCAGUGUAGCCUCUAAGCAGAAACAGCUCCUGGAAAAGACACUCUACAAGUUUGAGCCGCUGGUGCAGCAUUGCAUUGACACCUCCAUGGUGACCACCAGGCGCGUGGCGGAGCUGCAGAAUGCGGAACGCAAGCUGCUCAUGUGCCACAUGAAGGACUACGAUGACACAUACACCUACACCAAAUGGCUGGAGAUUAUACGCCGCAUGACGCACGAGGGGGCACCCUGGCACUGCAGCGAACGUGCCGAGUGCUCCUGGGAACUGGACGACACGGAGGGGCCAUCGCGCGUGCACACGCGUUUGCGACGCUGCCAUUUAGAUAUUGAUCGGCGGUUCUUCAUGAACGACUACUGCCCCGGGCAGGGUCAGCGUGGGGAGCUGGAUCAGUAUGUGCGUCCACUGGACUAUUUAAUAGCCAGCUACGAUCAGCAAUUGAACAUAUCGCUCAACUCGCAAAUACUCUAUAAUUUUGCGGCGAAAUUUUUGCCCGUCGAUGGUGAGAUCGAUGGCGAGAUUAUUAUAACCGAUCUGAAGCUAUAUUUUCUGGCCACAUAUCGUUGUAAAUACUUUAAUGUGAACUGUGAUAUAUCGAACAUAACUGAAAUUUGGCUGAAGCGCUACCAGCACCAGGAGAAGGCCUUCGAAAUAAUGCUCGACAGCAACAAAUCGUUGUUCUUUUCGCUGCAAAACGCCGACGACUGGAAGAUCAUGCGCGAGGUAUUCUGUGAUAAAAUUGUAAACAUGCCGGACAAGGCCAAAGUGCUGGCCAUCACGCAGCAAUGGCGCGAGGGCCUCCUAACCAAUUGGGAGUAUCUGAUGACACUCAACCAAAUAGCUGGACGCACCUACAACGAUCUCAUGCAGUACCCAGUCUUUCCCUGGGUGCUGGCCAACUACAAGUCCGAGUGCUUGGACUUGCGCCAAGCGCAAAAUUUCCGGCGACUAUCGCGACCCAUUGCUGUGCAGCUGGAGGAAAAUGAACAGCACUACAUAAGCAACUAUGCGUACAUCAAUAGCACCAAUACCAACAUGGGCUCACUGAUCUUGAAGCCGUAUCACUACAGCUCCCACUACUCCAACUCUGGCACUGUGCUGCACUUUCUGGUGCGCGUGCCGCCUUUUACCAGCUAUUUUCUGCGCUAUCAAGAUAACAACUUUGAUCUGCCGGAUCGCACAUUUCAUGCUCUGAAUACCACCUAUUGCCUGGCCAGCCGGGACAGUCCCACGGAUGUCAAGGAGCUCAUACCUGAGUUUUUUUGCUUGCCUGAAAUGUUUGAGAAUUUUGAGCGCUUCAAUUUCGGCUGCCGUCAGAAUGGCGAAAGGGUUGAAGAUGUUACACUUCCUGCAUGGUCUCAGCGUGAUUCACGUCUCUUUGUGCUCAUACAUCGACAGGCGCUGGAAUCGGAGCUGGUGCGCAACGAGCUGCAUCACUGGAUCGAUCUAAUAUUUGGCUACAAGCAAACUGGCGAGAGCGCCGUGGAGGCCAUAAAUGUGUUUCAUCCAGCGACCUAUGCAGUUUUCCUUGACUCGGAGAUUAGCGAUCCCAUUGAACGCGAGGCGGUCAAGACUAUGGUUAAGACGUACGGCCAAAUGCCCCGGCAGCUGUUCAGGUCGCCACAUCCCCCCACCAAGGCGCUGGACUAUGCUUUGGUGGACACGCCCAUUGUGUCCAGUGUUAAAGGUCUGCGCUGGGGCGUCUACGUGGGUUCGCCGCAGUUGAAGGCACCAUCGUGGGCCAAUAUACACAAAAUACCCGGCACUGAGCAUCUCGUUAGCUUCAGCAACACGAAUGUGGUCUAUGCACUGCCGGCACGCGCUGGCGUCAUGCAGGGCGCCGAGCCGGAUACCUAUAAUGUGAUAUCCUGGGGAUACGAUGAUCGCAUUGUGCGCAUCCAGCCGCUAAACAAACCGCAGGCCAAGCCCAAGAACCUGCUGCACAAUGGCAGCUUUGAUGACAUCAGCGCCUGCGGCUGUGAUGUGAACUGCAAUCAGCUCUGGUUUGGCCACAAAUCCGGACGCAUUAGUGUCUACAAGUGCACCAGCGGCGUGGAGGCCCAACAGCGCGCGAGCACCAAGAGCCGACAAAGCUAUGUGCGUGGCCUGCGGCUUUCCUACAAUUCAGCAUUUCGCAAGAUGACGACCAAGAGCACGGGCUCAGGAACGGGCAACGAAGCAACCGAUGAUUCAGGCAAUCUGCAUGCCACACACUCGACUACAUCGGUCGCCUCCUCAGGUGGGUCCAGCAACGGCGAUGCGCAGCAGCGUGAUGGCGCUGAUCUGAGCUGGUUGGGUCCAACACUGCUGGUGCGGCACACGGAUGAGAUCACAUGCAUUGCGCUGUCCGUGGAGUUUAAGAUUGCGGUAACAGCCGGACGCGAUGGCAUUGCCGUUAUUUGGGAUCUCAACGACUGGAGCUAUGUGCGCACCAUUGCACGUCCUGCGGAGAUUCAUCAAUCGCCCAUCACGCACGCGGCCAUCAGUCCCACACUGGGCGACAUAGUCACCGUGCACACGCUGCCUCAACAGCUCACAAACGCCAAUGCAGUACAGUCACCAGCUGCAGCGAUUGCCAAGCCGAGCUCAGCGGAUGAAUGCUUUGAGGUAACUGAGGAGAGUCUGGAUGAUUUUGUCAAUGUCAAUAUCAAUCCCAAUGGCAAGUCCAUACUGCGCCUGCACUCGGUCAAUGCGCGCUAUGUGCAGCAUCUGGUGCACGAGGAUCGCAUCCAAGCCGUAUGCUAUUCCUACAUCAAGGAGGGCGUUGGCGUCAACGUCAUAGCCACCGCAAUGGAGGGCGGCUUUGUGCGUUUCUGGUCCAGUUGGAAUUUGAGUUUUGUCAGUGAAAUAACCACCGGCACAUCGCCCAUACGCAGCAUCAGUUACUCCACGCACCAGCAUUUGGUGGUACUAACACGGGAUUCCCACAUACAGGUCUGGGAAUCGGAGGGCCUAUACGGCAACGCGCCCAAAUUUCCGCAAAUUGUUUAUAAAUGAAGGGACAUACUCAAUGGCAACUAAACUCGAAGCAUAUCAAUGACAGACACAUAAAACAGAGUAGCUGAUGAAUCAAAACUAAAUUGGGCUUAAGUCACAUGGAUAUCUAUAUGUAACUAAGAAGGACUGGGCUCGAUCAAGUAUAUCUACACGUAUUAGUUUUAUAGCCAUAGGUUCAUAAAGCUGUUCAAAUACAUUUUUCUACCAAAUAACUUUAUAAUUUAUCCAAUUUGUUUUUUCUUAUGGCAACCUUAUAUAUCAAGACAAACUAUGCCACAUAGUUUGCUCAUUUUGAAUAUUAUUUGCGCAGCGCUGCCUUCAAUUGUUGA